AUGAGCUCUGUCUGCACUGCCAUCUCUGAAUUUGGCUGGGACCUUUUCAAGGAAAUAAGCAAGGAUGGUGCUCAGAAGAAUAUCUUCUUGUCUCCGUUUAGCAUCUCUGCAGCUCUAGCCAUGGUCUCGUAUGGUGCCAGAGGCAACACUGAAGCCCAAAUGGAGAAGGUACUUCACUUCAGGGAGAGCCAGCAUACUGGAACUUCAGGAUCUGGAGACUCCUCUGCAACAGGAUCCCAGAAACCAUGCAAUGUAAAUGAACCGACGGCUGCAGACUCUCAAUGUGAUCGGCCUGGAGGUAUUCAUUCCCAGUUCCAGGCUUUAUUAUUGCAACUCAACAAACCCUCCAACAAAUAUGAGCUAAGCAUUGCUAACAGACUAUAUGGCUCCAUGGAUUUUCCCUUUGAGCAGCAUCUUAGAAAAGUCAGAACCUCUCAGACUCAGUACUAUAUGAGAAGUAACAUCUGUGUUCAUAACCUACAGAAAUACUUACGAUGCACGAAGGAGCUGUACCAUGCUGGAUUGGAAAGCGUUGAUUUUGAAAAGGCACAAACCAGUGAGAAUAUUAACUCCUGGGUUUCAAGUCAAACACAGGGUAAAAUCAAGGACCUUUUCCCCGAGGGUUCUCUUGAUCCUCCAAUUGCUAUGGUGAUAGUGAAUGCCAUCUACUUUAAAGGACUGUGGUCAUCCAGAUUUAAGAAAGAGAACACCAAAGAAGCACCUUUUAGAGUGAAUAAGAAUAUGAGCAAAAAUGUUCCAAUGAUGUUUCAGAAUGGAGAUUUUAAAUAUGCUGCCAUACAGGAACCAGCACUGCAAUUGCUUGAACUCCCCUAUGCCAAUAAAGAGAUCCAUAUGAUUAUCUUGCUCCCAAACAAUGGCGACUUCAGCAAUCAGUUUGCAACCUUUCUUACCUACAAGAACAUAGAAGAAUGGACUUCAAGCAUGUAUUGCCAGAAAGUGAAUGUGUACCUUCCCAAGUUUAAACUAGAAGAGAAAUAUAACCUCAAGGCAACUUUGCAGUCAAUGGGAAUGACUCUCCCUUUUGAGCGAAGCAAAGCAGGUUUAUCUGGAAUAUCAGAGAAACAAGGCCUGUUUGUGUCCAGGGUCACCCAUAAGUCCUUUGUGGAAGUCAAUGAGGAGGGCACAGAAGCAGCUGCUGCCACUGGUGUAACAGCUGUCCCAAUGAGUGCACAAAUUCCUGUCGAUUUUAAGGCUAAUGUUCCAUUCUUUUUCAUUAUAUUUCACAAUCUGUUCAAGUGCCCCCUCUUCAUUGGCAGAUAUGCAACACCUUAA